CAAAUAUAAAAAAUGCGUGUUAAAUGAAAUGAUAAAAUUGGUAAAUGACGUUUUUACGUAGAGAGCACAUUUUCUAUUUUAAUAUUGUUACUUUCAUUAAUGCUUUCUCGACCAAACAAACCCCAAAAAUAAUCACGAUAAUCCAGCAAGAUCGACGUGUUAUGAAUUUAGAGGAAUAGUUGUGUAUAACUUAUCAAGAUAUAUGUAAUUUUGGACAAACAUUAAUAUUUACUUAAUAUUUUGGAAUUAAAUUUAUCAGCUGUCAUUGGUGAAAAAAUCACGUGGUUUUCUUGUCUUAUCCUUACUUCACGACUUCUGCCAAAGUCAUUUCAAUUAAAAGCCGUUAUGUAAGAUGAGCAAAUGGAUUUAAGAAGCAGGAAUGGAUUUUUUACAACUAAAUAUUUGGCUUAUAUCAUUAAUAUUGUUAAGUGAAGGAUUCAUGUUAAAACGAAGAUUUAAAAGAUACCCAACACCGCCGCCACCAACUGCUUCUCCGGUACAACUUACUGCACAAACAUAUAGGGCAAUAGUGAACGAAUCUGUACCAAUUACAUGUCCACAGAAUAAGAUUAUACGAAAAAGAAUGUCACAUUCAGCAGAUAGCUUACAAAGCAUGCUGUUAGAAAAAGGGGGAGCAAUAAUACCACAACUCAUUGCGACGGAGGAUGAUUCUGCAAGAAAAUUUAAAAACUUGCUCAAUUUGGGAACAUUCGUGGAUGAAGAGGGUAUAGACAAUCAUUUUGAAAGUGUAAAAUCUCCUCUUUAUAAAGACAAACUUGAAGACGAUUUACGGAAGUGGAAUCAUGUGAUUAAUUCCAUUAAAAGUGCAAAUAGUUCAAAAAGUGCUAAUACAACUUUACUUAAAUCUACAAGUGACAUUGUUCAUAAUAAUAUCAAUACAACCAUUCCAGCUAUGGAAAUUCAUACGACAGAGAGUUCAAACUCAGCAAUUCAUCAUACCAUCUCAGAUUUUCUCGUAAAAAAUGGCAUAACAUUACAACAAUUAUUGGACUAUGUGAAAUCUAUGAAAAUUUCCACUAAUCCAAAAAUUUUGAUGUCAUUACAACAACACAAAUUCAAAAGAAAGAAACGAAACGCAGGAGGUUCAACAUCUAUACAACAAUAUUGUGUAAAGAAAGGUGCUCCUGUUAAGAACAGUUUAUUGAGCCUGUGUGGCGAAUGUGCUGUUACGACUUUACUACCACAAGACCGGUAUCCUAGGAAACUAAACGAGGCUGUGUGUGAUAACAAGGAUCUGACAUGUCUGAGCUUUAGUGGACGGCCACAGGGUGCAUGCAUUCCCGGUAUAAUUAAUUUAACAUUUUUACGACGUCGUCCUGGGUCUUGUCGGAUGAUGAUUAGGACGGGAGAGGUAGUUGAUGUGGAUGAAUGGGAGCCGUACACACAGAGAGUUAGAACAGGUUGUCAUUGUGCCAUUGAUAAGCGUUCUUAUAUAAUACCGCGCAUAGACGGGUUCGCUCCUAUUGUGGGAUAAAGUGCAAGCUGAGUUUAGACCUAGCUGAUUUGUUAUCUGGCCACUGAUAAACGAUCUGUUAUACCACCGCGCAAAGACGGUUUAGCUUCUAUUGUUGGAUAAGUGCAAG